AUGGAUAAUAUUGAGACAGUAAAUGAUAUGAUUGAGGUUCCUUCGAACGUCUAUCAGGGUAACAUAAAUACUGACAACCAUUUAGUUGAUCAAAAUGGGUUACUCAAAAGUUAUGACAACAUUACAGAAAUUGCUACAUUGAUCUAUUCACUUGAUUGUGAUAUUGAUAACCUCAAAACGAGAUUAAGAAUGGGCCCAAUCCCAAGAAAUUCGGGAAUUAAAGAAGAUUGUACGAAAUGUUUGGAUGGUAUUGGAAAGCUAUUUUUCACUUUGCUUAUGUUUACAAUGUUCUUGUAUUUUAAUAUUAUUGUGCCACAAUUUACGCUAAAUGUAACAUAA